AUGACAAACCCGCUGCGGAUGACGCCACAGACGACCCGGAUCGCUGGGCAUCGAGGUUACAGUUCUGGCGCUCCAGAGAACACUCUCAGCGCGUUCCGCAAGGCUCGAGAGGUCGGCGGCAAAGGUGUUACCUGCGAGACUGACCUUGCGCUGACCAGGGACGGCGAGCUGAUUCUGAUCCAUGAUGAGACUGUGGAUCGCACAACAGACGGCCAAGGCCUUGUUCGUAAUACGGACUAUUCAGAGAUCGUCAAACUCGAUGCGGGUCGGUGGUUCAGCGAGGCGUUCGCAGGAGAACGAAUCCCGCUGCUGAGAGACGCACUGGAGCUUGCGCGAGAACUUGGCAUCAUCUACCAACUCGAGCUCAAGGUCUACGACCGGAACGACGAGAUCUUCCAAAAGCUGAGAGCACUAAUCGACGAGCUUCAGUGUGCCGACCUGCUUCAGUUUUCAUCCUUCGACUUCGUCCAGCUUCGGGCUCUCAAGAAGGUCAUCCCAGAAGUACCUACCGUGGCGAUCUCGCAUUCGCGGUUGAUCGAUCCUGCCGCGGUGGCCCGAGAAGCAAAGGUCGAUGCAGUCAAUCUGGAGAUCCAACAUUUCCCAAGCGGUGAGGCUCAUCAGCUUCAUGCCGAAGGCUUCGGCGUCUUCUUGCACGUGCCGGCCCCGAAGCGGCUUGCGGCGCUCAAAUCUUAUGGUGUCGACGUGGAGGCGCAAGCCGUUCAAUGGGUCCGAGAUGGCUGGUUGGAUCAGCUCAUAAGUGACGACGUGGAGCAAGUGGUCAGAAUCAUGAAUCAGGCUCGCGUUGAUAUGAAAAUGGAAUGA